CUUUUAUGGCACCUUGUAAACGCCCUGACUGACGGACUUGGUUUCACCUCCCCGCAAGGUUUGCAUAGUACCAAUUGGACACACGGUUGCCCUAUCUUGAUGGUCAGAAGUUUGUGUUGAAGUAUCAGACAUCAGAGAUUAAUCACGUCUCGGGAAAAACUUUUGCGGCUGACCAGAGUUUAGAGUCUGUUCGUAGGGCGUUGUCACGUAUUAGUUUUAGAAAGUUCUCGGGGUGUUGCUUGCCAUGUCCAAUGCUGGCUACAUAAUUUCACUCGUGUUUGUCACGGAGGGGAGGAGGUGAUUCCUAUUCGUCGCCAUCUUUUUGAGUGGGGUUCUAGCUAGCAAGUCAGCUAGGUUAGUUCUCAGGGCAGCGAUAGGACUGAACUCGGCUUGGAAUUCUUUGCGGUUUUUGCCAUCUACCGUCAACAAAAAAAUUUUUGUAUUGGGAAGACCCAGCACUAGUAGAAGGUAGCACGACCAGAAAGGCAACCUUCGUUGUAAAUAAGGCCACUGGAUUCAAAUCUCUGUUCCAACGAUACUCUAUCCAGACGAAUUGACUGCGCCCCGUUCUUUUGGAUGACUUAACCUCCGCUAGCUAACUCACUAGCCUUGGCUAACUAUUUGCUAGCUAGUUCGUGCGCAUUGAAUCUCGUCACAAACCUGGCCUUUUGGACGGGUGCCCAUGCAAAUACUUCCUCCCUCUCGCAGAUGAGUCAUCGGUGGGGGCUGACGCAGCGCAGUCGCAGUCGCACGCCCAGAUAGUCCCCGGCGAGCGCGGCUGCUUUGGGCUCCCAGCAUGCCCUCCACCAGCCGGGCAGGGAGCCUAAAGGACCCCGAGGUUUCCGAGCUCUUCUUCAAGGAGGACCCCGAGAAGCUCUUCUCCGACCUCCGCGAGAUCGGCCAUGGCAGCUUUGGCGCAGUCUACUUUGCACGGGAUGUGCGGACGUCUGAGGUGGUGGCCAUCAAGAAGAUGUCCUACAGUGGGAAGCAGUCUAAUGAGAAAUGGCAGGAUAUCAUCAAAGAGGUCAAGUUCCUUCAAAGAAUACAGCACCCCAACAGCAUAGAGUACAAAGGCUGCUAUCUGCGGGAACACACAGCAUGGCUGGUCAUGGAGUACUGCUUAGGGUCAGCCUCAGACCUCCUUGAGGUUCAUAAGAAGCCUCUUCAGGAAAUGGAGAUUGCAGCAAUAACUCACGGUGCUCUGGAGGGCCUGGCCUACCUUCAUUCCCACAACAUGAUUCACAGAGAUAUUAAAGCUGGGAACAUUCUGCUGACAGAGCCUGGACAGGUCAAACUGGCCGACUUUGGCUCAGCCUCCAUCGCCUGUCCUGCAAACUCCUUUGUGGGCACGCCAUAUUGGAUGGCCCCAGAGGUGAUUCUGGCUAUGGAUGAGGGCCAGUAUGACGGAAAGGUGGAUGUCUGGUCCCUUGGGAUCACCUGUGUAGAAUUAGCGGAGAGGAAGCCCCCUCUGUUCAACAUGAAUGCCAUGAGUGCCUUAUACCACAUAGCGCAGAAUGAGAGCCCCACACUACAGUCAAGUGAAUGGACGGAUUAUUUUAGAAACUUUGUUGAUUCAUGCCUUCAGAAAAUCCCCCAGGACAGGCCGAACUCUGAGGACCUACUGAAACACGCCUUUGUCGCGAGGACGAGACCAGACACAGUCCUGAUGGACCUCAUCCUGCGGACAAAGGAGGCGGUCCGGGAGCUGGACAAUCUGCAGUACCGCAAGAUGAAGAAGAUCUUGUUCCAGGAGGCGCACAACGGCCCUGCGGUCGAGGCUCAGGACGGGGAGGAGGAGUCUGAGCAUGGUGGCGUGGGUCGGACGGGCACGGUGAGCAGUGUGGGCAGCAACCAGUCCAUCCCCAGCAUGUCCAUCAGCGCCAGCUCCCAGAGCAGCUCGGUCAACAGCCUGCCCGACGCUGCGGACGACAAGAGCGAGUUGGACAUGAUGGAGGGCGACCACACGGUCAUGUCCAACAGCUCCGUCAUCCACCUCAAACCAGGAGAAGAGGAGGGCUACCGCGAAGAGCCCGAACCCCGCAGCCGGCCCACGGAGGCUCAGGCUGCACCUGCACAGCCCGUGCGGCACAAGCACAGAAACCGCGAGCACUUUGCCACCAUCCGCACCGCCUCACUGGUGACGAGGCAGAUGCAGGAGCACGAGCAGGACUCCGAGCUGCGCGAGCAGAUGUCCGGCUACAAGCGCAUGCGGCGGCAGCACCAGAAGCACCUCAUGGCCCUGGAGAACAAGCUCAAGGCCGAGAUGGACGAGCACCGGCUGCGCCUGGACAAGGAGCUGGAGACGCAGCGCAACAGCUUCGCCUCCGAGAUGGAGAAGCUCGUCAAAAAGCACCAGGCGUCUAUGGAGAAAGACGCGAAGACCUUUGCCAAUGAUGAGAAGAAGUUCCAGCAGCACAUUCAGGUUCAGCAGAAAAAAGAGCUGAGCAGCUUCCUCGAGUCCCAGAAACGAGAGUACAAGCUACGCAAGGAGCAGCUGAAAGAGGAGCUGAAUGAGAACCAGUCGACGCCCAAGAAGGAGAAGCAGGAGUGGCUGUCCAAGCAGAAGGAGAACAUCCAGCACUUCCAGGCGGAGGAGGAGGCCAACCUGCUGCGUCGCCAGAGGCAGUACCUCGAGCUGGAGUGUCGCCGCUUCAAGAGGCGAAUCCUCAUCGCCCGUCACAAUGUGGAGCAGGACCUGGCCCGGGAGGAGCUGAACAAGCGCCAGACGCAGAAGGACCUGGAGCACGCCAUGCUGCUGCGCCACCACGAGUCCAUGCAGGAGCUGGAGGUGCGGCAGCUGGGCACCAUCCAGAAGAUGCGCGCCGAGCUCAUCCGCCUGCAGCACCAGACCGAGCUCACCAACCAGCUGGAGUACAACAAGCGGCGCGAACGCGAGCUCCGCCGGAAGCACGUCAUGGAGGUCCGCCAGCAGCCCAAGAGCCUCAAGUCCAAGGAGCUCCAGAUCAAGAAGCAGUUCCAGGACACGUGUAAGAUCCAGACGCGCCAGUACAAGGCCCUGCGGAACCACCUGCUGGAGACCACGCCCAAGUCUGAGCACAAGGCCGUGCUGAAGCGGCUCAAGGAGGAGCAGACGCGCAAGCUGGCCAUCCUGGCCGAGCAGUACGACCACUCCAUCAACGACAUGCUCUCCACGCAAGCGCUGCGUCUGGACGAGGCGCAGGAGGCCGAGUGCCAGGUGCUGAAGAUGCAGCUGCAGCAGGAGUUGGAGCUGCUCAACGCCUACCAGAGCAAGAUCAAGAUGCAGACGGACGCGCAGCACGACCGCGAGAGGAAGGAGCUUGAGCAGAGAGUGUCGCUCCGGAGGGCCCUGCUCGAACAGAAGAUUGAGGAGGAGAUGCUGGCCCUGCAGAACGAGCGCUCCGAACGCAUCCGCUCACUUUUGGAGCGGCAGGCGCGCGAGAUCGAGGCCUUCGACUCGGAGAGCAUGCGUCUGGGCUUCAGCAACAUGGUCCUGUCCAACCUGACCUCCGACGUCCACAGCCACAGCUUCCCAGGGGCCCCCGGGGUCUGGAACGCCCACCACGGCAGCGGUAGCAGUGGCGGCGGCGGCGGAAGCUCCAGCUCCCAGGGGCCGCCCUGGGGAGGCAGCGGUGGCGGAGGUGGCAGCGGGCACCAUGGCGGCAGCCAGCACCACCACCACCACCACCACCACCAGGGGAGCACCGGAGGUCUCCCGCCACAGCAGCAGGCCUGGGCGCAUGGGCUUCCGGCGGGCGGGCCUCCUCCCUGGGGCCACCACCACCUCCACAGCUCGGGAGGGAGCCAGCGGUCGAGCGGUGGGGGCAGCGGGGGCAUCGGAGGGGUGCGGAACAGCCCGCAGGCGGUGCGGAGGACCUCCUCCGGGAGCCGGAGCGAGCAGGGGAUGAGCAGGAGCGCCAGCAUCGCCUCGCAGAUCUCCAACGGGUCGCAUUUGUCCUUCACGUAAGGCCUCCCUCACACCAACAACAAACAAACCCACCAUGCCACCCUCUCUCCCUCUCUCUCCCCCCUCCACCUCUUACCAGAGGCACGCCCAGCCACUGGCCCUCGUGUCAGUGGGAGGCUCGGUGUGGUGAUGAGAAAGGAGGAGUGUGGGGGGGUUGCUGGGGAUGGAGAAACGGCACAAGAAUGGACUAACACCAACCCCCCCCUCCUCCCUCCCCCUCCUCCCUC